CAAUAAGAUGGACACAUUGCCAAAUUUCCAACUUCAAAUCAGCAUCAAUUUCCGAUACUUCUAUCGAAAACGGAAUAAUUCUAUCUCCAUUUAUAAAUACACCGCCGUUUUAUUAUUUCAUCAUCCUCUUUAUCAAUUCCAAACAAAAUUUCUCUCUAACAAAUCUUAGCCAUGACUAUUAACGAUUCCAAUUAUGGGGCAAAAAUUUCUGCUGUAAUUCUUGAUUUGGAUGGUACCCUUUUGGAUACAGAAAUUGCAACAAGAUGUGUUUUGAGAGAUUAUUUGGCGAGUUAUGGGAAAGUUUUGAUUACUGAUAAAGAGCAUGGAAGAGUGGGAAGAACUCAGAAAGAAACAGCUGUUGCAAUUGUUAAGAAUUAUGAUCUUCCUCUUACUCCUGAUCAAUUUAUUGCUGAAAUUACUCCUUUGAAUCGUUCUAAGUGGAAAGAUGCUAAAGCACUUCCUGGUGCCAAUCGUCUUAUCCAACAUCUCCGUAAGCAUCAGAUCCCAUUUGCUCUUGCCUCAAACUCUCUACAAGAAUACAUAGAUGCCAAAAUUUCUUAUCAAAAAGGUUGGAAGGAGUUGUUUUCUGUCAUUCUUGGAAGUGACCAAGUUCUAUCAGGGAAACCAUUUCCAGACUUAUAUCUGGAGGCUGCAAAAAGACUAUCAGUGGAUCCUGUUAAUUGCCUGGUUAUAGAGGACUCUUUGAUAGGUGUUAAAGCUGCAAAAGCGGCUGGAAUGAAGGUAGUGGUUGUCCCUUCUCAAUCUGAGGCUGAUGCUGCUGCCUUGGCCGAUUCCAGUCUUCAGUCUCUUUUGGAUUUUCAGCCUGAGUCGUGGGGUCUACCUUCUUUUGAUCAAUGAUUUGUAUGUGUCCUCAAAUUUAUCUUCCUGAAAUGCUCGCCAAUUGUUUAGGCUAGUGAUCGAUGGGGUAAACGAUGCUUUACUAGCUGAUCUGAUUAUUUUAUGGAAGGGUUACUAGAUGAUGCAUUCAUUGCUGUAAGUUUUGGGUAUAUAUAGUUAAUGUAGAUCAAGAAUUUUUGGCUAUCUGCAGAAUGUGAAGGUUACUAACUAUUGGAUGUUGAAGUAUAAUGUUAUGGUAAAAAGGUAAAGUAAAAUAAUGCAUGGCAUAUAUUAUUUGA